GUGUGUGGUGAUAAUGGAAAGUUGGACCUCGGUUGUGAAUGGUAUUAGUCUAUCAUACAAUGUCAUUCUGUCUAUAUGUCUAUUGUGGUGAAAGAUUUCAUUGGUGUCGUUCGCGAGAGAUCCAGUGUGAUGCUGUCAACGUUACUGAGAAUAGAGUUUGUCUUGUAACGUUUUACCUGAAUUCAUUAUCAAACAAAAGUCCUGUUAACGUGCACUGCAUUAGGUCUAUUUCGAACGUGUAGAGUUCACCUUGGAGUUCACACACAUAACGUAAAAUGGAUAUCGACAAAGCUCGCGCCUUGGAACUGGCAAUUUCCUUCGUUGACGAUCACUGGAAAUCAUUGAACGAAGACGAUGUUACCGUCAGUAUUUUGAGCGGUGGUAACAGUGGUCGGCUGUACAUUGUCGAAGACGUUUCCCGCGCGUCAAAUGUUAAUCCGUACACGAAAUUCUUGGUGCGACUUUAUGGCGGUAAAAUGGUCGAAAAGGAUGACAUCGUUAAGGCUGGAAAGUGCGAGACUGGCGAAGGUAUCGUGUUUUUCGCCAACGGUCUGCACGGUCUCGGACCGAAAUUGCUUGGCGUUUUUGAUGGUGGUCGUGUGGAGGAAUUUGUACCAUCGCAUCGUCUUACCGAAGCAGACUUAACUGAUGAAACCGUUUCGAGGGAAUUGUUCCGCAAAUUGGCCAGGUUUCAUGCACUUCAGUUGCCUGUGUCCAAGAGAAAACGUGACCUGCUUCACAUGUCGGCAACAUAUCAAAAUGAAUUCAAGAAGGAAAAUCUGUUGAAGUUAGUGGAACGGGUCGGCGGUAAUUCUGACGACUAUUCGUUCCUGGACGAAGGGUACGCUGCUGAGCACGCAUUCCUACGUAGUUUUGAGUCCAAAGUGGGCGGACGUAUCGUACUGUGUCACGGUGAUCUGAACAAGAACAACAUUUUGAUUCGUGACACACCGGAUCAGUUCAACGAACGUGUCAUGUUAAUCGACUAUGAACUGUGUGCGACCGAUUAUCGUGCCUGCGACAUAGCCGGUGUAUUGUUGGCAAGAAUGGUGGAAGCGAAAGACGGAUGCUUCGAGAAGGUGUGCGACUGGCCGGAUGUUGAAUACCGUCGCAUGGUGAUAGCGGAAUAUCUGAACGAAACGAAGAAAUUGAAUUACUUCGAAUUCGAUGCGACCGGUGUGGAUUCGGUUGAUCAUGUGAUGAUGGAAGUGGAUUUCUUUGCCAUGUAUGGACUGCAAUUGGUGAACGGAUUUUUUAAGCGAAUGCCCAACACGGAAUACUUUCACCAGCAGUCCGAUGCGGUGGUCAAGAGCUGGGUCGACAUUGUACUGGUGAUGAGCACGAUGUAUGACGAGCACAAGAAACAUUUCAUUGACACGUACAGCAAAGCAUUGUAGAAAUGGAUGGCAAUUGGUCGGGUCUAAUUCGAGAUGAAAGUAACUCGGCAGUGCCGGAGUAGAGAUCAGUGUCAGUGUUCAAUUUAAUUGAAAAUAAACGGUCGCAGCUUGACAACUGGU